ACAGAGAAAGCAGUGGCUCUGGGAAAGGGGUGGAGAUCAGGAGUGCCUGCUGUUGCUUUGGGCCAAAGGAGAAAGGAGUUGUCAAGAAAAAGACAAAGAUGAUGGGAGAGCCAACGACGCACCGCAAGGAUCCAAAGUAGGACUCUGUGGAACAAAAGAGAGACAUGAGUUGGACACAAGUGGGAAAAGGUGAGGUGCACAGAGGACAGUGGACUAAUGUGUACAUGAGGCAGAAAUACAAGACAGCCCAAUAACUGAGGAGGCGUGCUGCUACGUGCCCACAGGGAGAGAGAGCGUGUGAGACCAGACUGAGACAGGAAGAGAGACAAGGCGGCCGGGGGGGGGAGGGAAACAAAACAUCAGAAAGCAGAGAGACUAAAGAGUGACAUUCUGGAAGAGCUGAGAAGGAGCUUCAGUCACAAACUGAAGAGGGCCUCGGAAACUUACAAAGAUACGAAGUGGACAUUAAACAGGAGAGAGAUAAGGCAGAGGGGGUUAACGGAGGAAGUUAGCCGGAGGAGGAGGUAUGAGGAGAACGGUCUUGAAGUCACUCUUGUCUUUGAUGAUCACUGUCAUCUUCGUUGUGACUUUUUUGACCACUCUCAUCUGGUACAUAUUCAACGAUAGUAACGUGGGACCUCACAGGCUGCACACUCAAAGGAAAAAUGACCCCAAGCCCUCUGACACAAGCAAAGCCUGCAGGGAAGACAUUAAGAAGGCAGUGGAGCGCUACUCUCAGCCCUGGAAGAAGGAGGAGAACAAUUUACAAAAAUUCAGAUCUCAGCUGAGCAGUCGGUGCCAUGGACUCAGUAAGGCCAUCAUCACUCAGGCCAACACGCCAGUUGGGACAAAGAUUGUGUAUGAUGGGGAAAGGAGGAAGGCCAUCCAGGUGACGCCUGAGAUCUUCAGCACAUUUGCCAAGGUGCAUCCUUUCUUAAAUAAAACAUGGGACACAUGUGCAGUUGUUGGGAACGGGGGAAUCCUGGUGAACAGCAGCUGUGGAGACACCAUCGAUUCAGCACAGUUUGUUAUCAGGUGUAAUCUACCUCCUUUGAAAAAUGGCUAUAAGAAACAUGUAGGCAGCAAGACUGACCUUGUGACAGCAAACCCGAGCAUUUUCUUGGAGAGGUACGGGGGUCUGCUGGGACGCCGUCGUACAUUUGUGGAGAACCUUCAUACCUAUGGUGAUGCCUUGCUCCUACUCCCUGCCUUCUCCUUUGGCCACAACACACCCGUCUCCCUACGGGUCCUGUACACCAUUGAGGACUUUGGAAGCCCCACUCAGGCUUUCUUCUUCAACCCUCAGUACCUCCAGAGUCUGGCCCACUUCUGGCGCUCCCAAGGCCUCAGGACAGUGCGGCUAAGCACCGGUAUAAUUAUGGCGAGCCUGGCACUAGAACUCUGUACAAAUGUGCACCUGUAUGGUUUCUGGCCCUUUCCUCUUCACCCUCAUGAUCUCCGGCCCAUUACUAACCACUACUAUGACAACAGACCAACUAACAAGAAGUUCCACACCAUGCCUGCUGAGUUUAACCACUUGUUGCAACUUCACACUGAGGGCGUACUGAGGAUUCACCUUGAAGAUUGUCAGUCCAAUCAAAUGCAAACUUGAGGACCUGUGACCAGGAGCCCAUUCUCUGUAUGUGGAUGACCACGGUAGCUGGAUUAAUUUGUUGAUGAUUUAGUGCGAUCAUAACAUGCCCCUUUAUUCCAGCCUACUCUGGAGACUCUGAGCUGAUGUCUCAGCUACCUCACAACCUUCUAAAUUAUUUUUUUCAAAACAUCCCAACUGGUACCAUGGCUUUGCAGACUUCUGGAUGUCUUGGACAGACACAGAAUUCUGAUAUGGUCUGGUCCACUUUUAGAAUUUUGUAAAUUUGUAUAAUGUGCAGAACCGAUACACCCUAGUUAGGCUUCACUAGUGUGCACAGUUGUGUCCGAUGAGUGAGUCUAGCUUGUCUAAUCAAAACCUCACCUGGGCUCACUGAACUGGAAAUAAAGUGGAUGACCAGUAUCAGGAGAUCCUGGAUCAGCUAGCUGAUCUUGGAUCUUUUAAGCGACAUAUAGUGAAUGUGCUCCAGGUCACUGAUUUAAUCAGUGCCUUUUCUGUAGCUUCUGGAUGAAGCCUUUGUCAUAUUUUGGAAUGGAUGAAAGGCUUCAGUGUGUGCCAUGAAUGCUGUUGAUACUUGACUCAAAUCAUCAGCAAAUGAGACAUUUGCACUGAACUCAACUUUGAACAAUCAAGACUGUAUAAACGUGUAUUUAAACUUGUAUUUAUUGCAAAAUCCAGCACCAGUCUGGUUGGAGAAUUUUACUCACAUUUUGUGAGGCAUUGUUGCCUUCUGUUAAACAUACGAGUAAUCGUUAAAUAGUUCACUGUGGUUGUUUUUAGAGCCAAAUACAUUUUUGAAUGUAGUCUUAAAGGGGUCAUAUUGUUUCAAUCUACCUGUUCACAUGGAACAUAGUUGCUAAUUCUUGUUCAACUUUGCCAAAUUCCAACAAUUUUGUGUCAGUAAAAGUAGAAAAUCAAUUGUGGCAUGAGGAAAAACAAUGUUUCAUGUUGGUUCUUGUAAGAUAGUUAUAGUUUAAGCUUCUUAAAACUUGCUAACGUUAUGCCAAUAAGUAAUUGUAAUGUCAAACUCAAUUUAAGUUGUAGGACCAUAAGUGAAUGGUUAUUAAGAAGCAUCAUCUUCAAAGCAUUUGUGCUACAUUUGGUACCCGUUAGUGACAUUUGGUUUAAUUUUUUUUUUGUGUGUGUCUGUGUGUGUAUUCCCGCUGCUGUAAUCACACACCAGUGCCUUGAUUUCUGUUUCAGAAUUUUCAUUUUUCUAUUUUUCCUCUCGGUGACUGUGAUAACUACACAUUUUGGGCUUCAUGAGGUGUUUUGUAUUGACCAUUUGAGGAUGGAAGAGAUAUGAGGCAGCUCCAUCUGCGUGCAAUUCAAAUUUAGAUAUAAGAUCAAUUUUAUUUAUGCCAAAGAAAAUUAUUUUGUCAGAGAACAGAAACAGUGUUUUGGGUUUUUUACACAAUAAGUACAAAUUUAUAUGACAUGACUGGAAUGCAUUUGCACAAGAUGCUCGAUAAUAUUGCACAUACGUAACGCUGAAUAAAGGAAUAACUCUGAAUAACUAACUGUUAUGUAUUCAUCCUGCAGAAAGGGAAGGAGUUAUAGAGUCUGAUUGCCAGUGGUAGGAAAGACCUCCUGUGGUGUUCUGUGGUGCACCUCAGGGGUCUCAGUCUAUGGCUGAAGGUGCUCUGACAGGAUGUCAGUGUGGCAUACAGGGGGUGGAGGUGUUGUCCAGGAUGCUGAGCAGUUUCCUGAGCAUCCUCGUCUCUAUCACCCCUCCACCACAGACUCCAGCUCAAGCCCCAGGACAGAGCCAGCUCUCCUGAUGAGCUUGUUGAGUUUAUGUCAGCUGCCUUCAGCCUGCUGCCCCAGCACACUACAGAGUAGAA